UCUAUUACUGUGUGAUUAUAGGGAUGCUUUUAUUUUGCGCUUACUACAUAAUUUUCAGUCUAUUGGUUGAUGAUCAAUUAAGAUUCUUUGCAUUCACCAUCGACACAAUAUACCUACAUUGGAAUGUAUCUUUUCCCGCAAUAACCAUUUGCGAAAUGUUCAACGGCGGAAAGAUAUGGGAGCUGAGUGAAAAAUUUUAUGGAGCUGACCGGAAUAGUAAAUUGGAUGAUUUUUUGUCGGACAUUGCAUUUUUCAGUGGACAAUGCCAUUCAUGCAGUCUUUGUGGCAAAAAUUUUGAAUGUCCAACCAAUUUUUCUGUAAUAUCUUCUAAGUUUCGAUCAUCUUGUGAUGAAAUGAUAAGUAAUUGUUUAUGGAAUAAUGUACAAAUUGAAUGCUGCACCUCAUUUUUACCAUUAGAAACGGAAUUCGGUGUAUGCUAUACAAUAAAUUCAAUUCAUACAACUCCAAUGUACGGACAUCGCUUGCUUAGUAGUCGUUCAAGUGGGCCCGGUUCUUUGUCAUUCACAACAAAUGAAGACGUUCAAGUGCAUGUGCAUACAUCGAACGAAGUGCCAUCUGACACUGAGAGCGAUAUCAAAGAAGAUAUAUUUUAUGGCACCGAAAAAGAGCUCGUUCUUAAGGUCAUCGAUAUGGUAAACGAUGCCAGCAUACAAGAUGCUUCGAUUACGAAUCGAAAAUGCCGAUUUCCAUGGGAAACACGUGAAUGCACCAAUAUUCCGUCGCACCAAUAUCCAAUGCUGUAUAGCCAGUACAGCUAUUCAACAUGCUCGGUUGAAUGUUCAAUGGAAAUUCAAAUUGAAUUAUGUAAUUGCACACAUCAUUUGAUGCCGAAGCGUUUAAAUGCAGCGAACACAUGUGACAUUGAUGGUUUGAUUUGUCUUACAAAUAAUUUCGGAAAAAUUAAUUCGAAGAAAAAAGAUUGCAAUUGUUUGGCAUCAUGCGAUGAACCUGAAUACAGUGUUUUAUACUCAUCACCUGCCAAGGAGGAUUAUCGUUAUGAACCUGGCAGUUUGAUAACAAUAUCAAUGCUUGAAUUGUCUAAAGAAAGGCUCAUAAGACGUGUUGUAAAAACGAUGUUGGAUGAUGUCAUUUCGAUUGCUAGCAUUAUCAGUUUAAUGUUUGGUCUGUCGAUCCUCAGCACUCUGGAUUACUUAACAAAAACGAUAAAAUUGAUGUUGUCAGCAAUUAUGUUUCUAAUUCGAAAGAAAAUCAUUAUUCAAAAGAAAGGAAAUGGCCAUGGAAAGUAA